AGCCGCGACUGCAGUUAAAACAGCAACUCGGGAGGAGGAUUUAACUGCCUCCCCUCCGCGAGCCGGCCGACGGACAAUGGAGUGCGAGACGCAAAUACGCGGCGCCGGGGUUAUGUGACGACUUUUGCGGAGGCCCGGGCCACCGUUUCAAUUGGCUGUGUUUUCUUUUUUUAACUUUCUCAUAUGGCCCCGGGAAGGACCUGAGGUGAUGCCGAGGCGAGGCAGAAGCUGGCGGUCCAUCGCGGCCGCCGCCGUUAACUAGAUGCCUGCACUCGGAAUCGGAUAUAACGAGCAUUUGUAAUGACGGCACUCCUGAGCAGUCACCGGAUAACUGUAAGGCCGGAACCUCUGCUGUAGGAAUGAGAGAAGGCAGCGGAUGAAAUUGUACCGGCUCCGUGUCUUGUACCCAAUCGUCACUAAAUCAUGACCACCCCAGCUCUUCUGCCGCUGUCAGGACGCAGGAUCCCGACCCUCCCGCCUGGGGCGUCAUCCUUCUCCCAUCACCGGGCCACGCUGCGGCUCUCUGAGAAGUUCAUCCUCCUCCUCAUCCUCAGUGCCUUUGUCACCUUGUGUUUCGGGGCGUUCUUCUUCCUGCCGGACAGCUCCAAGCACAAGCGGUUCGACCUGGGCCUGGAGGAUGUGCUCAUCCCACACAUCGAACCCAACAAGGAGGCCCGGCUGCCCGGCGUGCCCAUCAUCCACGGACAAGGUGCUCACGAUGAGCACCGCCACAGGGAGGAGGAGGAGAGCCUGAGGAGCAAGAUCCGGGCAGACCAUGAGCGGGCCUUAGAGGAGGCCAAGGAAAAGCUGAGGAAGUCACAUCAGGAACUGCGAGCUGAGAUCCAGACGGAGAAGAACCGUGUGGCCCAGGACCUCAAGAAGGAGGCCGGCGCUCGAGCCCUGCCCCCUGUGCCCAUGCCCAAGCUGGUGGGCAUCAAUGAUGGUGACCCUGGAGACCCCGAGAUCAGAGAGAAGCGGGACAAGAUCAGAGAGAUGAUGAAGCAUGCGUGGGGAAGUUACCGGCAAUACGGCUGGGGACACAAUGAGCUGAAGCCCCUCGCCAAGAAGGGACAUUCCACCAACAUCUUUGGGAAUUCCCAGAUGGGAGCCACCAUCGUAGAUGCCCUGGACACCCUGUACGUCAUGGGCCUUCACAGCGAGUUCAAAGAUGGCCAAGAGUGGGUCGAGCAGAACCUGGACUUCAGCGUGAACGCAGAGGUGUCUGUCUUCGAAGUCAACAUUCGCUUCAUCGGUGGGCUUCUGGCAGCAUAUUACCUAUCAGGGCAAGAGGUCUUCAAGGUCAAAGCCACCCAGUUGGCGGAGAAACUUCUGCCUGCUUUCAACACCCCCACUGGCAUACCCUGGGCCAUGGUCAAUUUGAAAAGUGGUGUGGGCAGGAAUUGGGGCUGGGCUUCAGCGGGCAGCAGCAUCCUGGCCGAAUUUGGAACCCUACACAUGGAGUUCGUCCAUCUGUCCUACCUUACAGGGAACCCGGCCUACUAUGAAAAGGUCAUGCACAUACGGAAGCUCCUCGCCAAGAUGGACCGGCCCAACGGGCUUUACCCCAACUACCUGAACCCGAGGACGGGCCGCUGGGGACAGCACCAUACCUCUGUCGGGGGGCUGGGAGACAGUUUCUACGAGUACCUGCUGAAGGCUUGGCUUAUGUCUGACAAGACUGACAUGGAAGCCAGAAAGACGUACGACGAUGCCAUUGAGGCCAUUGAGCGUCACCUCAUCCGUAAAUCGAGCAGUGGCCUUACUUUUAUUGGCGAGUGGAAGAACGGGCACUUGGAGAGGAAGAUGGGUCACCUGACCUGCUUCGCAGGCGGCAUGUUCGCCCUGGGGGCCGACGGCUCCCCCGGGGACAAAGCAGGGCACUACCUGCAGCUGGGCGCCGAGAUCGCUCACACCUGCCACGAGUCCUACGACCGCACAGUGUUGAAGCUCGGCCCAGAGGCCUUCAAGUUUGACAGUGGUCUGGAGGCCGUGGCCGUUCGGCAGAAUGAGAAGUACUAUAUCCUACGUCCAGAGGUCAUUGAGACCUACUGGUAUAUGUGGAGAUUCACCCACGAUCCCAAGUACCGGCAGUGGGGCUGGGAGGCAGCACAGGCUAUCGAUAAGUACUGCCGCGUGAGUGGUGGUUUCUCUGGCAUUAAAGAUGUCUACUCCUCCUCUCCGGCAUACGACGACGUCCAGCAGAGCUUCUUCCUGGCAGAGACACUCAAGUACCUUUACCUGCUGUUCUCCAGUGAUGACCUGCUUCCACUGGAGAACUGGGUGUUCAACACGGAAGCCCACCCCCUUCCUGUCCUGCACCUGGGAAACAUCACCUUGCCUGGGAGCAACACCCAGCGGUAGGGGUGCCCUUCUAUCCCCGGGAUGCAUUGGGGGUAGGGACCCCCCUCAGCACUCUGCAUCUCCUCUCCCACUAUGAAAGUAACUGUCCACUCAUGGUUCAGUGAAGGGUCCAACCCCACGGGCACUAAGACACGGGGACCCGGAUGCCUCUUAGAGACAGACCCACUGCUGCGGCGAGAAAUCGGUUUUGGUCAAUGAAUUGGGGCGUGCAAGGAUUUUUCAUAAUCUUUUUUUUUUUUUUUUUUUUAAAUUCAACACUGACCAUGGACUCACAAAUAUAAAAUGCUAACAGUUAUACUUCCUGUGUGCUCUCACAAUGACCUUUGAUCUGGAACUGUUCCGAUAAGUACAUUCUCCUCCACUUUUAUUUUGGGGGAUGCAGUGAUCGGUCUAGUAUUGUACAGUGUCCGUAUUGUUUGUUUUUCCUUUUUUUUGGUUCUCUGUGGUGUGGGGAUUUCCUGGGAAGCGAGAGUCUCCAUCAGUGGCCAUUGGAAGGACCGAAAGCCAGUUAGUUGCUCUUCUGCUGUCUGACAUUGUUGGUUCCUGUCUUUUGUAGUCCCUCAUUCCCUCAAAGAUGUGCAAAGAACAGCUGCCGAAAUAUGUGCAGUCAUUGCUUUGUGAAAAUGGGGAGCUUUAUAUGGGGGGGGGUGUUCCUAAAAAUGGAUGGUGAGUACAGAAUAAAGUUCUUGCUUUAUACCUGAUGCGGGGGUAGAGGGGUACAAUCCAGCACCUCCGCACCGUCACUACUGCCAUUCAGCUUCUCACUUAUGCUCUAAAACCCUUGAGGGGAGUGAGCGUCCAAGGUCCUGAUAGGCCCUGGUCCUGCGGUGAGACCAUUUAUUCGAUCUGACAUAUUCAUUGUGUUCAAUUCAGUCCGUCCUUAGGAUCGAAAAUGGUCUAGAGUGGUGGGUCAUUUGUUUUCGUUAUAGCUUUAAGUUGCAGUUAAUGUCUCUUCUCAGUGGUGAAAACAUAAUGAUUUGAGCUGCACUUUGCCCGAUGGGGGGAGGCCUAACACUCAGUACCUGUGUCCUGUGUAGACUGUGACAUGCACAAAUGCAAAUACAAAACAAAAAAUGGUCCCUGUAUUUUCAUUGAUUUUUUUGGGGGGUUUUUUCUUUCUUUCGGUCAUUUUCAGCCUUCAGAACGCAAUGUUCUGACUCAUCAGAAAUCUGUAAAUAUGAUAUAUGUAAUGCCAUCUAUUAAUGAUGUGAUAUGGAGCGGAAGGCAUAGAUGGACAGCUGUCAGGUUUGCUUUUCAGGGAAUUACAAACCUGACCUCUAGGGGGCACUAUAUAGCAACUUGCAUGUAGAACCUACAUCCAGGCCAGCUUGAAUACAUGGCGAUGGAGUGCAGGACAAUGCUUGGUUUAUCCAGGUGUCUGAAGUUUCUGUAGUCCGGUGACUGGAUUUUUGCACCCCUUGAGCCCAAGAAGGAAAACUUUUUUUUUUCUUCUUUUUUCAUUUUCCCUCGCAUCAAGUGCAGACAGAUCACUGGUACAAACACAGCACUAAGACUGACAGUCCCCUUUAAAAGCCUUGAAUGGACUAGUCUUGUGAUUGCUCUUAUUAAAUGCAGUUAGACCCACCCCCCUCUUCAUUGGUUUCUUCCCAGACAAUCAUUGCUGACCCUGUUUCCUGAUAGGCGACUCCUCACAGUCCUGGCGUCAUCAAAGCUAAAAUAAAGACUGCUUGAAUGUUACCAUUUCCAUCACCUUCAUGACUAAUGUAAUCCAAGUCAAUGCCACCCCUUCCUACUACUGCCUUAAUUCUCUGUAGCCUUAACAAAUUCCAUUUACACUGUUAGUUUCUUUAAAUUUAAUUCCAGUAUUGCUAGCAAUUACUUGCCUGCAGUGUACACCAGUUACUACACCUUAAAUGGGUUUUAGGAUUUUUCUUGUUGGUGACCUUUUGUGUUGGAUCCAUUUUCCAUUGCUUUCCCUCACACAUUCACACAUCUCCAUUGCCCGCUUUGUCUCGGGUAUUUGCCAGUAAUUGUGCCUAUUGCAACGAGUUGUGUGUCCAGGAAGUAUAUGCUCUAGUCUCUGUUCUUGAAAGUUACCAUUCUUUUGUUUCAUGCUCUGUCAUUAAUUAGAAGGUUCUCUCAGUAUAAACCGACUGUGGUCAUGUGAUUCAUGCAGCCUGUCAAAACUAACACAGUCAUUCAUUAUCUCACCCACAACCCUCGACCAGAAGUUAGGGCUACCAACAGAAAACACUCGCAAAUGUUUAUAUGUACCCAAGAAAUCCCUCCAAAGUGGAAAAAUAACUGAAUAAUGGCUUAAUUAGUACAGGUCAUUUUUAUGGACGGAGCUCAAGCAGCAGUAACUAAUUAAUGUAAGAAUCUCCAGGAUGUAAGCAGCUGGCCGUCAUAAACACCCACCCUGACGGCACCUCUGGCGGCCUUGUGUUCGUGUGUCAAAGCUGCCUGACUCCUGCUGUUUUGUCCUUUUUGUUUUUUUCUUUUCUUUUUUUGAGUUGUCAGCGUUAUCAUUUGCUUCCUGCCCUGGGGACCCCGAGUCCACGCUGGCUUCCAUUGUCAGCAAGCAGUUUUGGAAUUGUUUUCUGUAUUUGUAUUUUUACUGAGCAAAUAAAAAAAUAGAACUGUAAAUAUGUUUAAAAUGAUGAGGAUCAAAGGAUUCAAUAAAGAUUAUUAAAAGAGAAA